AUGGCGAUUUGCGAAUGGGGAGAUAACCUUGACCACGCCGAACAGAAGCGGAUCUCGAGUGCCACUGACAGUCACAAUGACAAGACUGAAGGCAGCGGUCGCGUUGGAGGAUGCUUGGAUGUUGAUUGGGCCUCUGAUGAUGAUAGGAGAUCCACUUUAGGCUACUGUAUCUUCUUAGGCACUAAUUUGGUUGCUUGGUCAAGUAGAAAACAACAUGUAGUCAGUCGUUCCGGUGCAGAAUUUGAAUACAGAAGUGUGUGCUGUCCAAUUAUCUGCAAUCCCAUUAUGCACAACAGAACCAAGAAUUUCAAGCUUAAUAUUCAUCUUGUGAGAGACUUGGUUAACCAACAUCAGCUCCACAUUGUUCACAUACCUGUCUUUGAUCCUUUGAGAAAUCUGACCUCCAUUAAAGACCUCCGUCUUUCUUCUAAUCAGAAUUUAAUUUGGCUGCCACAAUGGUUUGCUCAUUUUGAGCACCUUCAAGUAAUAAUCCUUAGGGAUUGUGGUUUUGUUAGUGAUCUUCCUUCUAUUCUUCAAAACAUCACUUCCAUUAGGUCUCAUGAUUUCAGUGAAAAUAGCCUAACUUCAAUAGUACCGUUGAGGAAGCUUGAAAACCUUGUUGAGUUAAAUCUUGAGGCUAAUAAGCUUGAUGGUCCAAUUCCUUAUAGUUUACGCAAUUUGACAUUUCUCACACAUCUUAAACUUUCCAAAAACUACUUUAAUUCACUUCCAUCGUGGUUAGGCGAGUUAAAGAGUCUUAUGAGUCUUGAUCUUUCUGUGAAUAAUUUCACAGUCACUACCAUAGAAGAGGGUUUUCUAUCAUCAAUUUUGAGUAAUCUAUGUCAUCUAAAAUACAUGGAUUUGUCUAACAGCAAUGUUCAAAGAUUGGCUUUCAACGACAAAGUAACUCUAUUUGGCUGUAAUGGCUAUGCUUUAGAGUACCUAUAUUUGAAUGCGAAUAAAUUCGAUGGUCUUUUACCCAGCAAGAUUCCUAAAAUGAUUGGAGACAUGAGGUCAUUGGAGUCUAUUGACUUGUCUCAUAAUGAUCUUUGUGGUGGUAUUCCAAGAAGUAUGAUUGACUUAUAUUCUCUAAGUCAGUUGAAUUUAUCAUACAACAACCUCUUAAGACCAAUUCCAGUUGAAAACCAAUUUCAAACCUUGAAUGAUUCACUCAAUUACACUGGUAACCAAUAUCUCAGUGGAGCUCCACUCCCAAAAUAUUGUCCCGGUCAUGGUCUUCAUCAUGUUUCUACUUUUGAAGGCUAUGAAGAUGAAGACAGGGAAAAUGACCAGCUUGACAAAGCGUUGUUUUACUCAAUUGUAUCCCUUGGUUUCGCAACUGGUUUCUGA